AUCACUUACACUACACACACUCGCAUCCCUCUCUCCUUCUGUCUAUCUCUCUCUCUCUCUCUGACCCUCUCCAUCCUUCCUGUCUGUUCCAGCUUUUGGUGUGCUCAAGUCGAAAUGUUUAAAGGGAGGAAUUAGACACUUCUGCACCCACUCAGGACCCGUUUCUUUUCCUUCCUUCCUUCCAUCUCUCUCUCUCGAACCGUCGGUCGGACUCUCCAGAAUCAGAAGUAGUUCGGGAGCACGUGACAAAGAACCGGAACUCUUGUUUGUUUAUUUAUUAAUUUGUACGCUAUUUAUUUAUUUAUCUAUCUCACUAUUUAUUUGCAACCUAUUUAUUAGCCUGCUUCAAGGAUCUACACAAACAUGAAAUUGCUGCUCGACUCCGCCUCCUCGCUGCUCUUCUCCAUCCUAUUGGCUCAGCUGUCGUUGUUUACUUCGGCGCUUCCCGCCCACCCGCGACGUCCCCACACCGAUUUCGACAAGCUGACCAACCAGACGAGGCAUCUGCAGAAGAUGACCCACGACCUGAUCAGUGACCACAAGGGUGAACCGGUGAUCGACCACCACAGGUUCAAGUCUCUUCCAGCCAUCAACAGCAGAGCCAAUGACCUUGGUUCACUGGAGCUGAAAUCUACGCUUUCUCAGCUCCACGCUGGCUUCAAGACUUUCGAGCACCAUUUCGAGUGGCUGAACAAGGUGACACAGAAGCACCAUCACUCCUCAGGACCAAAGCUAGUCGAAAUGAUCUCGCACAUCAAGAGUCUUAUCAAUCUGCUACAGCGCCAGAUGCUGGACACCCCUCGGGUACCUUCUCCAUCCCUCCCUCCCCAACCCUCCUCCCAAUGGGAGAUAAAUCAGUCUUCACAGGUGCUUCUUCAGAGGUUCAGGCUUUACUGUGAUUGGGCGGCGCGUGCUUUCCUCAGCCUCAAGUCCAAAAUGCAGGCAUGAGGGCUGCUGUCAAGCCCGCAGCCAAUCACGACCCACCAUUUCUAACACUACGGCGAAUGGCCAUUCCUCUGUCCCUGUAUGAACUACCAGCCUGGUGCAUAUGUGAGCUGAUCGAAUGGCAGCAACGUUGUCGUCACUGAUCUGUAGUCAUUGGCACAUUGAAGCCAGAGUGCAAACAUGAGAACGCCACCUGUCUGCCACAGCUGUGAGUGUUUGGACUACAGCGACACAUCACUGCCAACAGCCUGCUUCUGAUCCUCUGCAUAAUUUCAUCUGAAUUUCACUUUCUUCUCUUGCGCUUUUUUUUUUUUAAUUCAACCUAAUAUUUAUGUAUUUAUUUAUUUAUUGAGCGGUUAUUUAGUUAUUUAUUUGGUGUCAUUAUUUAUUUAAUUCUU